AUGCGGCACAUCGACAAGCGCGCAUUUGAGAUGCUAAAGAGCCUGCUCGGUCUCGGCGAGAGCAAGGCUCCAGAGGUCGUCACGGUGACGGGACGCAGUAUCGAAAACGCCCUGCCCAAGUCAGAGCUGCACGCUCUGACGACUCCAGGCGAGCAUCGGGCCACAUCCAGCCCCGAGUCCAUCCUGGACGCCCUCGAGACCUUCAGCCGUGGCAAGAACCCGAAAGAGAUCAAGCAGCAGAGGCUGCUCGAGACCACCCUUCGUUCCGACACGCCCGAGCACCUAGAGGCCACCGAGAGCAAGGGCCUUCGAGACUGGUGGCGCGGCCUAUCAAAGACGCGGAAGGCCGCGAUCGGAGCGGCCCUGGGCGUGCCCGUUGGCGCCAGCGCCUUCACUUCGGCCUACCUCGUCGAGCAGCAUCUUCACAAGAACAAGAGGAAGGACAAGAAGUCCGACGAGGUCGACGCGCACGGCGGCCCGGCCAAGGAGGAGUCGGCGCCGCGCUUUGUCCCCGGUGAGACCAAGGGCGACCUGGGCAAGGGUCCCAAGGACGAGUCCGAGGACGGUGGCAAGGACAAGGACCAGCACGACAAGAUCCAUACGUUCAGGAGCUACCCCAACAACCUGACCUGGCCCGAUGAGGACCCGUCCGCAGACGCCGGUGUGAAGACACCUCUGCCCACGGAAGGUGGCGAUGCGGCCAAGUCGGAUCACGAGCAGUCGGGCAGCGACAAGACCAAAUCGAGCCCGGAAGGUGCAAGCGGCAAGAAGGACGACCACAACAUGCUCACCAAGCGCCAGGCUCCCUCUGGCGCUGCUUCCAGAGCCCUCUCGUCGUUCGGCUCCACGGUCAAGGCGUUUGGAAGCAAGCUGUGGCCGUUUGGUCGCUCCUCCUCCUCCUCCACCGCCGCCGUCGAGUCUGGAGCGGCCGGCACCCUUUCCAGGAGCGCAUCCAGGAUCGAGAGCGGAGCUGCUGGACCGGCCAUCGUCGACGCCAAGAGCCUGCCCUGGUACAAGAGGCCGAAAGUCGUGGCCGGGCUGGGCGCUGCGGCUGGUGUGGGCAGCGUCCUCUCGGUUGGCGUCCCGAUCCUGGUGCACAGUCACCGCGAGCAGAAGAAGCUUGACGCCGAAACCGAGAGACUCGACAAGGAGCUGGAGGAUAGGGAUAAGAAGGGCAGCAGCGCCCGCCUCGCCGAUCCCUCCGGCUUUACCUAUGCGAGCGCCCAGCCCGUGAUGCUUCCUGGCACGAAGCUGCCGUCGACCCCCUCUGGUGCAAUGGGCACAGCUGGACCACUGCUAGGCGGCCCCGUGUCGAGCUAUCCUCAGGGCAGCCUUUCAAACCAAGUUCCGGGCAGCAUCGUGCCUGGCUCGAUGGUCGGACUACGUGCUCGCGACGUCCCGGACGCCACUCCCGAGCCGCAGGACAAGGUCGAACGUUCCGCCUCGCCCGCAAACGGAGGCCAGACCAUCGUCAAGAGGGAACACGGGUGCAAGAAGAACGCCCAAGCUCGUUCGGUAGACGCCUCGGUCUCGGACCUCGUGCUUGUCAAACCGCACCGCAUCGACGAGCAUGACUCGGAGCGCGAGCACCACCACGACGCCCGACCCGCCGGACUGCACGAUCUCGACGACCCGAGGUGGUUCGACGACGAGGUUACGCCCCUGCACAUCUUCGGCGGGCCCGACAAGUUCGCGCAAAGCUCGCCGACGUUUGCACCGGACCGUGCCGACGACGGCGAUGCGUCCAUCAGCCUCGCCUCUUCGUCCUCGGAUCAGCGGCCGAGCCUGGUCAAGCGCGGCAUGCUCAACGCGAUCCCUGCCGGCGUCAUGAACAACCCUAUAUUCGCGUCCAAGGGCUUCAAGUACGGGCUCGGAGGAGGCCUCAUCCUCUUCUCUGGAAUCCGCUACCACCGCCUGCCCUCCAACUUUUUCGGGACGGGCAAGCGGUUCGACGGCCCCGGUGCCGAAAACGUCAAGGCCCGCCUCGAUGGCAUGGGCCUGUCGAUCGACAAGUACGGCCGUUUGACCAAGCCUCUGCCGAUGUGA